AUGCUGCGUUUUCAUUGGCUGACACGUGUUCGAAAGAUCAAAUAUCGCGACCUUUCGACACAUCGCGGUCAUGAAGACUUCUAUUUCGACUUUGGCACCAAGACGAUUGGAUCGAUGAGAAAGACAGCAAAGGCGGCAGUGUCUGCUGCGGUCGCGACGUGGUUGCUUCUCACAACUGCCACCACCGGCGUCCAUGCCUCGUUCUGCUCCCCUGGUUCUGGCUACGACGCUGCCACUGAUAGUUGUAUGGAAUGCCGUGCUGGGAGCUGGGCAGACGGGUCCACGGCGUUGUGUCAGCGCCCUGUCAAGUGUACCACUGGCCAAGGUCCGAAAGCUGGCGCCACGUUUGUCACGGACUGCAUGACGUGUCCACCUGGAUACUACAGUGAUCACGACGACGAAACUCCAUGCGAAGUCAUCCAAUGCACUCCUGGCUUUUACAGUGACGCCGUCGGGGCCACCGAUGCCACCAAAACAUGCACCGCCUGCCCCGCCAGCACGUACUCGACUGGCCUCAACGACGUCUGCCACGACUGCGCGUUUGGGGAGUUCAGCCUCCAAGGCGAUGGCGUGUGCAGUCCCCUAGAGUGCCCGUUGAACUCGGAGCCAACGGCCCACGCCACCAAUGCCACAGACUGCUUGCCUUGUGCGAUCGGAACCUUUUCUGCGGGUGGAACCAACACCUGCGAGCCCAUGCAGUGUCCUCGCGGCACAGAGCCCAAGGCGGCCCCGUCGUCCAUCUCAGACUGCGACCCGUGUGCACUGGGCAAGUUUUCAACCGGCGGAUCGUCCGUGUGUGAGCCCACCACGUGUCUUCCCGGCUUUGUGGCUGUGGAUUUGGCCUGGGACGGCGUGGACAGUUGCAAGCGUUGUGAUGCUGGAUGGAUCUCACCUGGUGGUGCCGCUACGGUAUGUACCCAGUGCGGCAAUGGUACGUAUGCCAAUGCCGAUUCGAUUUGCGCGCCGGCGAAAUGCAGUCCUGGGUUGUUUGCACCUCCUGGUUCGUCUGACCCGAUAGGCAACUGUGUCGCGUGCGCAGUGGGCACGUUUUCUACCGGUGAUAGCGCCAUUUGUAAGCCAGUCGCAUGUCCAGUUGGGACGGAGCCCCACGCACUUGCCACGCAAGUAGACGACUGCGUGGCGUGUGUGCGCGGGUACUUUUCCCCUGGUGGCGUCGUCGCAUGUGAGCCUGCCACGUGUCCGAAAGGCACUGAAGCGAACGACCACGCCGGCGGACCCACCGAGUGCUCCAAAUGCCCCCACGCCCAAAACUCGCUCGGCAACUCCAGUCUAUGCAUGAGUCCACCGUGUGAUCCUGGCUUUGAGCCCAACGACGACGGCGAAACGUGCUCCAUUUGCACGGCCGGCCGGUUUUCCCCGGGCCGGGGCGUCCCGUGUCAAGACUCUAAAUGUCCCCCCAGUACGGAAAGUCUGGACGGCGCGUCGGAUGCGGUCGCCAACUGUGUCGCGUGCGACAUCGGGUACAUCUCGGAAGGCGGCAGCGACCUCUGUGCGCCAUGUCCGUCCGGCACAUACACGCUCAAGAACAUGACAACGUGCGAACCCACGACGUGCCCGGUGGGUUUUGAGCCCAAGUCGCCCCCCCUACACGCGUUCGAUUGCGUGGAAUGUCUGAAUGGGCACUACAGUCCUGGCGGCAACGCAACCUGUGGCCAUGCUACUUGUCCGGCGGGCAGCAGCACCGUCGACCACGCGGAAACCCCCACCGACUGCGUGCUCUGUGCGGCGGGAACGUACUCCAGUGGAGGCAACACCACGUGUAAGGAUGCUGCCUGUCCACCGGGGUUCGGCGCCCCUGCUGGAGCUUCCACAGGGGAUGCGUGUGCUCCGUGUGGUGCGGGGUCGUACAGCUUCGGAGGCUCGUUCCCCUGCACCCCCACGACAUGUCGCCCGGGCUCAAGCUCCAACGCCACGACCGCCACCCAUCCGUCAGACACGUGCGUCGAGUGUGCCGUCGGUUUCUUCUCUCCCGGCGGCCACGCUUCGUGCCAGCCCAUGCAAUGUGCGCCUGGCUUUAGCGGGAAACCCAACGCCGUGGAUCCAGUGACGGACUGCAAGUCGUGCGCGGACGGCCACUCGUCGGAAGGCACGUCGAGCCCUUGUAUUCCAUGUGCGAGGGGCUUUUUUGCGGCGGCGGGCGACGCGACCUGCCAGCCUGCCACAUGCGCGGCCGGAUGGCAGGCGAACGAAGGCGCGGUCCACGCGACCGACUGCAAGGGAUGCCCGUGGGGGACAUACGCAUCCGGUGGGUCGGCGCUCUGCGAUGCAGUGUCGUGUCCGGCGGGGUCGUUCGCACCAGAACAAACCAACUCUUGCUCGUUGUGCCGCGGGGGAAGCUACUCGACGGCGGACGCGGCGGUGUGCAAGCCGGCGCUGUGUCCGCCUGGCCAGGCGACGGUCGAAGGCGCGACGUCGCCGACAGAUGACUGUCUCGAUUGCCCUGUGGGAACCUAUGGGCUGGGCCAGAACCAGCCGUGCAAACCCACGACGUGUCCGUCCGGAUAUGCGUCGUCGACCACCGGCAUCCACUUGGAGAAAGGGAGCUGCAAACUGUGCCCCGUGGGCUGGUUCAGCGCAGGCGGGGGCGACCAGUGCGAGCCCGGCACCUGCGCGCCAGGGUGGUUCCUCCCCGAAGGCAAAGGCGACUGCACGAUCUGUCCGGCUGGCAAGUUCAGUCUCGGCGGCGACAAGCAGUGCCAAGAUACGACGUGCCCGCUUGGCACCGCAGCCCCCAGUGGCGCCACGUCAGCUACCGGGCAGUGCGUGGCGUGCGUCGCGGGGUACUUCAGUCCUGGCGGAACCGCCGCGUGCACUCCGUGUACGUGCGACCCUGGCACCGGCUCUGUCGCAGGAGCUAGUUCGCCUCGCGACGCAUGCACCGUGUGCGAACGCGGCUACUUUUCGCCAGGAUCGAGCCACCCAUGCGUUCCCACCACUUGCGCGCCAGGCACAGCAUCGGCAACGCCAGGGGCCGUCAACGAAAGAGACACCUGCGAGGUGUGUCCAGCAGGCCAAUUUGGCCAUGGAGGAUCGUCUCAAUGCGCCAACACCACCUGCGCGCACGGAACGUCGGCGUUGGCUGGAGCCGUGGACCCGGUGCUGAACUGCACGAUCUGCGGGGCGGGCACAUACUGCGAGGGCGGCGGCAGUGUGACCAAGGCCACGUCGUGCCUGCCGGGGUACGCGUCUCCGGAAGAGGCAGACAGCCCCGACGGGUCGUGCGCGAUCUGCCCCCAAGGGUCGUUCAGUCCUGGCGGCGCCGUCCAAUGCCAGCCCACGCUUUGUCCUCCAGGCACGUCGGCAGCUGCGGGGGCCAAGGACGCUGUAACCGAUUGUGUAACGUGCGUCGCGGGCAGUUACUCGCCAGGUGACACCAGCGCGUGUUUGCACCCGACCACGUGCCUCCCGGGGUUUGCUUCGUCUCGAGGGGCCAAUUCAUCCAACGGAUCGUGUGUUGAGUGCGGUGCCGGGCAGUUCGCCGCCGGGGGAGCCGACCAAUGCGCCAAGACGACGUGCGAACCUGGCAGCGGGUCGCCGGCAGGGGCUGCGUCCGCCACGGGGAGCUGCAAGGAGUGCGAGCCAGGCCACUUUUCGCCGGGCGGGGGCUUCGACUGCGCGCCCAUGGCAUGUCCCCCUGGUUGGGCCUCCAACGUCACUGGAGCGUAUCGCAGUGUCCACAAGUGUCAAGUGUGUUCGGCUGGGUUCUACUCGCCCGGUGGCAGUGUCGAGUGCAAACCGACCAACUGCCUCGCCGGCUACAGCUCCCCAGCGGGCUCAGAUGUCGAAGUCGAACAAUGCUCGCCGUGUGCCGCGGGGUACUUGUCCCUUGGAGGGUCUAGCCAGUGUGAGCUGGCCAAGUGCAAGCCGGGCUACGCGACCCCUCCCGCCGCCGCCGGCGGCUGUGUGCAAUGUGCGUCUGGCUACCACUCGUCCGGCGGAGCUACUAAGUGCAUCGCGUGUUCCUGCGACCCUGGGUCGACGUGCCUCUCGCCGGACUCGGCGACGUGCUCCCCAUGCCCGAAUGGCACCACCACGUCACGCCUUCUCGGUGGAUGCGUGAAAACGUCAAACGACCAAGAGGCGUAUGUGAAUGUAGUCUUGAGCGUCGACGGCUACUCGCCACCUUACUUUAACCAGCAAGUCGUGAAUUCGUUCCGCGAUGGAUUGAUGUCCUUCCUUAAUGAUGAUGAGCCCGCGGCGUCGUCUAAGGUGGCAUCGGUCGAUCCAAGUGCUAUUGUUGUGGACGCGGAAGUCGACUCGACGUCGGAUUUGGGUGGCAGUCUCGUCACCCUGCGACUUGCCCUGGCGUCGUCGGUUGGCAACAUCUACUCCUCUCUCGAGUCCCUGACGACCUCGGGCGGCGCUUUAACGGGCUCAUCAACGUUGGCCUCGUUCAUUCAACAUGCAGGUCUCGUGCGUGUGAGAAACGUGCAAGUUCAAUCUGUGCAGCUAUGGCAGCAAGGACAUGAGACGAGCCGUAGCAUCUGGCAGUCAGAGUCGCCGUCGUACGACAACGAGACAAACUCCAUCCCUUCUACAUCCCCCAACACCACCAAGUCUCCUAAUGGAGGAGCUUCGUCGCCGGUUGCGUCCACCACUAUCACGUCCGCCGCUGCCGCUCGACGUGGCAUGUUGGCCAUGUUGCUCAUUCUGCUGUGCGCUUGUAUAUCCUCUUAG